CCCCCACAGACGGCAGACCACUAUUUCAAGAAUACCGUCAUUAGUCAUUAUAAUAUAGUCAUUGUUAUCUACUCUGUUCAGUUUUCUGAUAAACGAUCAACAAACGUUUAACGUUCAAGACUAUUAUAUUAAUGAGUACUAGUUUUAUAAUUAUAUAAGUAAACCAACUCGCAUACAGAAUACCGUGAAUCGGAUCUUAUCCACUUCGUUGUUAUUGUGAUAUUUUGGGUUUUCAGUCAAUUGGACUGUCCUUAUUAAUUGUGCGAGAAAUACAUUAUUGUUAUUAUUAUGAGUUAUCCAGGAUACCCACCAAACAAUCAGGGAUACCCUGGCCAACCUGGAGCGCAACAGCCAUUACCGUCUAACCCUACAGGCUACCCACCAACAUCUGGCUAUCCACAAACUAGUCCGUAUCCCUCUCAGCCAGGUUAUGCUCCUCAGCCUGGUGCAUAUCCUUCCCAACCAUUUGGUCAAUACCCGCCCCAACAACCUGGUCAAUACCCGCCUCAACAACCUGGUCAAUACCCGCCACAACAACCCGGUCAGUAUGCCCCAAGUCAACCCUAUCCAUCUGCAUAUCCACCAGCUCCUGGAUAUCCACCCCAGUCUGCAGGGUAUCCAUCCGCAUUACCCGGGUCUACACCAGCUCCUGGAUAUCUACCUCAAGCUGCAGGGUACCCACCACAAGCCGGAUAUCCUGGCUCACAACAAGUGCCGUCUUCUUAUCCGAAUGUGACUGCUGGUGGUUUUGGAGCUGGUCAUCAAGUUCCACCCCGAGCACAGUAUCCACCUAUGACAAGUCCUGCUCAUUAUCAACCAGUGGGUAGCUCGCAAGUCUCUAAAAAGGCUAAUCCAACUGUUCGCCCAGCUAAUCCCUUUGAUGCUCGCCAAGAUGCUGAAAUAUUGCGUAAGGCAAUGAAAGGCUUUGGAACCGAUGAAAAGGCAAUCAUCAAUGUAUUGGCUCAUAGAGUCAAUGCUCAAAGGCAAGAAAUUGCUAUGCAUUUCAAGACUAUGUAUGGAAAAGAUUUAAUUUCGGAUUUAAAAAGUGAAUUGGGUGACAAGUUAGAGGACUUGGUAGUUGCUCUCAUGACUCCCACUUAUGAUUAUCUAGCAAAGGAAUUGCAUAAUGCUAUGGAUGGUGUUGGAACAAAUGAAGAAACAGUCGUUGAAAUCAUAUGCACUGCUUCUAACUCUGAAAUUCUGAACAUCAAAUCGGCUUAUCACAGACUUUUUGGAAGUGAUUUGGAAAAUGAUCUUCACGGAGAAACAUCUGGAAGUUUCCGUCGCCUUUUAGUUUCGUUAUGUCAAGGACGUCGUUCUGAAAGUACUGCUGUUGAUGUCGCAUCGGCCCAAGUAGACGCUCAGAACUUACUGAAAGCUGGGGAACUUCAACUGGGAACUGAUGAGUCGACAUUCAACAUGGUGUUAUGUAGUCGUAGCUACACUCAAUUAACACAAGUAUUUUUAGAAUAUCACCGUUUGGUUGGACGAGAUUUCGAAGAUGUUAUUAAGAACGAAUUCAGUGGGGACAUUGAAAGCGGACUCAGAGCUAUUGUUAAAUCUGUGAGGGACAAGAGUGCUUUCUUUGCUAAACGUUUGCACGAAAGUUUGGCUGGAUUUGGAACCGACGAUAGAGCGUUGAUCAGAAUUGUUGCUACUCGUUGCGAAAUUGAUAUGGUCGACAUCAAGAAUGCUUAUAUGUCUUUGUAUGGUAAAUCACUGGAAGCCGACAUUGCGGAUGACACGUCUGGAGAUUACAAAAAGUGUUUGACUGCCCUCGUCGUUGGUUAAAAUCAAAGUUUAGUAUUAUCUCAAUCCAUGACAAACUUUUGAAUUUUUAACUAAUUAAUAUAUUACAUUAUUUACAAACACCCAUAUAUUUUUGGUUAGUGUUAAAUUUAAAAUUGUUUAAUUUAUUUGAUUGUUUCGUUAUAUUAUUGUUGAAGGAGUUUUGAGCAAACUUGUUUGUAAUUUUGAUCACCUUUUAUUAUAUAAGUUCAAAAUUUCAUUUAGGCUUUGGCCAACAGUAUUUAUUCAAUAUCGUAUGCUUUAUUGCUAACGUAUUAUUAGGCUAGAAAAUCAAAUGUUUAUUUAAUAUAAUUAAAUCUUGUUAUAAUGCUAUUGGCUAAAAAGUUACUGCAGUAACAAACAAAACGUGUAUUCAUAAAUAUUAUUUAAAAAAAUAGUAUACUAUAUAAUAUAAACUAAUAUAAAAUAGUUACAGUUUAAAACAUUUACUAAGUUAUUCAUAGAUAUAUAGAUAGAUAGAUAGAUAUAUUUAUUCAUAGAUUUACAAUGAUAACCCAACUGCAUACAAUAUACUGUUGUAUACAAUUAUAAGAAUUUAGAUAGUGUCAAUUUUCAUUAACAAAUUUCAAAUAGAAUAGUAAAUUCGGUUUUAACGAAUUUAACAUACAUAAGUGUGAAACAAUUAAAGUCUGUUUAAAUGUGAGAAGUUCACAAUUAGUUAUAACCAGGGUAAAAUAUGUGCCACAUGAAAUAUUAAAAUGAACAAAAACAAAUUAACAACGAAUUUCAUUUAAAUUAUAUUACAAUUAUAUAUAUUGCUAAUACGCCUUAUGUUACAAAUUAAUACUUAAUAGCCACUUGAAUUGUUAAAAUAUUGUUUUGU